GAUUUAGAUUAGUACCAUCAGUCGGUUCGUCGAUUUUGCAUUAACAGGUCCUUUAACUGUCGCCUGUAAUAUUAUUUUUAUUCUAGUUGUUUUAGUGUAAAGUUUAGUUACAAAGCUAUGGACAACGAAGGUGAGAGAGAGCGUCUCAUCCCACCCAGCGCUUCGGAUUCCGAAUUACAACCACGGAAAGGAUUCCAAUGGCGAUACACAAUUGAAUUGCCUCUUUUCUUAAUAAGUUUCGGCGUUGUACUCGCAGCUACACCGCUAAGCAACAUCAUCAUGUACCGGACCUGUAUCCACACACUGGGCCACACAGUGGGCGAGUGCCACACGUUCUUAGAGCCGGACAGCAUGAAUCACACCCAGGAGUUGGAGAAUGAGGUCCAGAAGUACGUCACGAUGGUGAAUGCGGCACAGACUGUAAUAGCAGCCGUGGUGCCGGCGGCUCUGUCUUUGUUCUUGGGGGUGUGGUCCGAUAAGUAUGGCAGGAAACCGUUGCUCGUAUGGACGUUUUUAGGCAUGACGUUCAAUGGCAUGCUGUCAGUGGUAUACAGCAUGGUGGAAUCUCUCGGUCCGUGGUGGUACAUCGUCAGCAGCCUGCCCUGCGCUUUGACCGGCGGUUUCCACAUCAUCAUGAUCGGAGCCUUUUGCUUCAUCAAGGACAUCACUGACGAUGACAACAGGUCUUUUAGGUUAACCAUGCUCACUCUAACGAAUGCGUUGGCCCAGACUACAGCUACAAUGCUCUGCCCCUACAUAGUGAAAUGGAUCGGCAACGUUUACUUGCUGUUGCUCGCGGCCACUUUAUACACGUUAGCAUAUGCCUUCACCGUGGUCAUCGUUGAGGAGUCUUUGACCAAUAUCGAACAGGGCAGCUUCUUAUCAGUGUUGAAACUGUCGCACAUAAAAGAAAUGGCAAUCGCCUGUUUCUCGAGAAAACCUGACUAUGGCAGAGCAAUCCUACUUUUAUCGGGAGCUACAUGCUUCCUCUCUCUAUUUCUUCUCUAUGGAGAGAAUGGUCUCCUGUACAUGUACACAAGGGAGCAUUUACACUGGACUAUGAAAGAUUUCACCAUGUUCUCGUCCAUCAGUACCGGGAUGUGGUUCGUUGGGGCCUUUGUUGGCGUGGCGUUUAUACAAAAAUGGCUGCGGAUCAGCGACCUGACCUUCACCGCGAUAUCUUUCAUGUCUUGUGUAGUGGAGUACACAGUCAAAACUCUUGCUACGACUACAUGGCUCAUGUAUUUAGGAUCUGCUCUGUCGUUAUUCGGGACAGUCUACGCUGUACUCAUCAGGUCAUUCCUGAGCAAGACGCUGCCAAGCCAGGACAUAGCCAAGGUCUUCGGAUUCCUGAGUUUCGUGGAGGCCUUCUGUCCGUUGCUUGGGCCUCUUGUGUACAACUCACUGUAUGAGGCGACCAUAUCGACAUUCCCUGGGUCAAUUCUGGUACUCACCGCGGGGAUAUAUGCUGUGUGUUUCAUUUUGACCCUAAUCAUAAAGUGCAUCACCAUAAGAAUAAAUACUUCACAGUCAUAUGAUGUGAUACGAGCCCAUGUGCAAAGUAGUCCGUCUGUUAGGAUACGAGAGGCACACUUAAUUAUGUAAUAUAAAAUUUUCAUAAAAUAAAAAAAGUUUGUGUAAAAAAACAAUUAACCAUAGUUUCGACUAAGUAGGUAUAUUUCGACACAUUUCAAUUUCUUCCAUGACCUGACAUAAAAAAUAAACAAAUAUUAUGAAAAGAUGCAAUUGAUGAAAAAUUAGAUCUCUUGCUGUAAAAAAAUGGGGAAGCGUAAAGAAAACUUUCUCCUUAUUUUAUUGGGUUCGUGCAAUCAUAAGUAUGGUAACACUGCUGAAUGAAUUGCGGUAAAUCUGAUUCCGAUCAAAAUAUCAUCAACUGUCGUAUCGUUCUUUAUUGGCGACAUUUUAUUUCGAUAGCGAAUUGGACGACAUCAUUUAGCCAGUGGGUCUAGACAAAGUGCAAAUUAUAAUCGCAAACCAGUCGAAAAGUAGUCGAAAAGCCCCUUUUUUGUAUGGAGUUUUGACGGAU